AUGCCGACUUAUCUGGUUGGAAGGGUCUUUGACCCCAUCCUCGGCCUCGCCACGGGUGUCAUGGCCUACUUUCUCUGGGAGAACGAUCCCCGCAACUCGCAUGAGCGCCCUUCGCAGCGCUCUCUGCCCGAGCUGGUACGACGCAGACUGAACAGUCAGACACCACCCGAGAGCAUCUACGCAGGCACCGAUCCUACCCAACGAUCCAUCUUCCACAUCCCAUCUGCAUCCCGCAAAGACACCACCGCAUCAGCAGAAGCAGGGACAUCAGGCGCUUCCAGAUCGACAACAGACAUCAUCAGAGAUGCCAAGCAGCAGGCGAGCCAGAAUCAGGGCGAGCGCGGGUCCGAUCUCCGUGCGCUAAGAACCGCAAUUGCCGACGAGUGGAAUCAAGCCGGCUCGUCAAAGCGACCGUAG